AAACAUAGUGCUCGAUAAUGAUAAUUGUUGGCAAGGAAGAUGUGCUCAUUUCUGUUGUCCAAUCUAGUGUUCUUAAUCAAAAUGCCGCGAAUUUGUUGGCAGCUUUCUAAUUGGUAGCAGUGAGUCAAAUAUACAAAUAGUCGUUAUGAAGCUUACGGAUCUAAACGUUGACUGCUUGCUGGGAGUGUUUAAAUACUGCUCCGAACGAGAUCUAGUCAAUUUGUACAAGGCUAACAACUAUCUAGGCAGUGUCAUCGAGCAGUAUGUGUUCUAUGCCAUGACAAUGGAUUCGCUCUUGUGCGGCCACAGGAAUCGGCCACGUGUAGAGAGGAGGAAUCAAUCACAAAUGACUUACUUUGAACGACUGCAGGUGGCGAGAAAUUGGCUGAGUGGCAUUUACUUGGAACGACACUAUUUCCAUCAUGCCCAAAUGUUCCCCUCCAAACUCUGCGUUGACGCUGAUGCUUUGUACAUAACGCAUGCCAAUUACUUACGCAAAUAUCUGCGAACGGGCCCAGAGUCACUGCAGCGUCGCUACGCCGAGGAGAUCAGCACCCCAACGAUAUCGGAUAUAUCGGAUUUUGUGAUGAAACAGAACACAAUAUUCGCCGGGCGAGUAAAUGGCUCUUGUUUUGUGCGAGACGGCGAUGGCAUCACCGAGGAAACAUUGCACCACGCCAAGGAAUACCUCUUCUGUGUUGACUUUGUGGACGAUGUUUAUGCCAGCAGCACCGACACGUGUUGUAAGCUGUGGAAACGUUCGCAGGAGUUUGGCUUGUCGCACUUUGAUUUAUUCAUGAAUCUGCAACGCUCAUUCAAGUGCAUGAAACUCAGUGACGACGGUCAGUGGCUCUUUGGUGGUCUUUACACAGAUGCGGGCAGAAGAGCGCUACGAGGAAUUCACACAGAAAGUGGCGAGGAGCAAGUUUUCAAUUCAAACACCAUCUCUAUCUACGACCUCAAAAUGAAAGACGAUCAAGUUUUAUUCACUGCCAACUUUGAUACCACGUUUCGCAUCUUCGAUCGACGCAUCGAUCGAGACGUCUGCAUUUGGGAAGAUCCAUUUGAUUCAUCGUUCUAUUGCCUCGAGUAUGAUGGUCUCUAUGCCGUGCUGUGCGGUGCCAAAUACCACAGUCGUGUUAAUUUAUAUGAUAUUCGUGUGCCGGGGAAAUACAUUCAAUUGUACUUUCCAGGACGAACGCGUCAACAUCAUAGAAGCUCACCUGUAUAUAGUCUCGCAUGUGACAGUCAAUAUAUGUUCGUUGCCACUGAUCACAAUUUACGGGUUUUUGAUUUUAGAACCAAUUACGGUAUUAAACGAGAUUAUAGCGAUUGGCAACCAUCAAAUUGAUUGUAUAGCAAAUUGUUUGUUUCUUUCCACAAUAAAAUCUGUGAUUUGUUUGCCAA